AUGGAGCCUAUGACGCUGGGCAGCCCACCACAUUCCCCAUCAGGAAGCCCAAACGUGGGAUAUUUACCGCCUUUCCUUUUGGGUGAAAUAAAUCCACCAACAACUCCUCGAACAAAUAGUUUAUCGCCCACAAAAGGACGCAGUCUUGCUUUUGGAUCUCCGACCAGCCCGACUCAGACAUCGACUCCAGAGCAAAAAAUGUAUAGACAGAACUUCACGAUGCACCAGCAGGCUAUUUUCAACCAACAAAAUGCUUAUUCUAACAUGCCUACAUCACCCAAUAUCUCAUAUUCAAGCAAGCCUAAUGGUCCUCCUAUAGAAGACUUAUUUGACACUAUAAAGAGUAAUGAGCCUAACAAAUCUGCAUACCAAGACCACAGCUUUCUAGGAUAUGGCAAUAACAAUUCAAUGAUGCAGAACUCCUAUGUAAAUAACAUGAAUGCAUCUGUGAAUCAGUCCCUAGCAAAUGCGUGGCAAGAUGGGUGCCAGGAACAGGAUGAAUAUUGGGUCACCAUUUUUGGUUUCCCUCCAAAUGCAGCAAACACUGUUUUAGCUAGGUUCAGCAAUUGUGGAGCAAUUCUUGACAAACAAUACCCCACCCAAGGGAACUGGGCACACGUCAGAUAUGCGACCCGAGCAGAGAAGGAGAGGGCAAUGACCCUUAGUGGCAGACAGGUGCUGCCCGGGAUCAUGGUGGGAGUGAUGGAGUGCCGGGAGGUGCCACGGAUGAGCGUGGCCAGUCCUGGGUUAGCAUCACCUGAAAGGCCAAUGUCUGGCGCGCGGUCGCUGUGCCCGACGCCGAUCCCGUCCGCGCCAGUGCCCCAACGCUCUACGGGCAUCAUCUCCAAGGCCCUGGACUAUGUACUGGGCUGGUGACAAAUACCAUACAAUGAAAUAACUAGUAAAUCAAGAAAAAGUGACUCGAAGCUGUAUACAAUGUUUCCCAAAUUCAACAAAAAGAAAUAUCAUAGCAUUCAUUGAACUUAAAUUAGUUAAUAGGAUUGUGAAAGCGACAAUUAAAUCACACAAAUAAUUUUAUUUCUAGUAACUUUUAUUUCUAAAUAUUACAUACAAUAUAAAAUUCUUAACUAUAGGUACAGAGAUUAUUUCAUUUGCUGAUUAAAAUGAAACUUGUAUCUACAUGAUGAACACUUUAUAAUAAACUGUUGUUUCAGUAAAAAUAUAACUAGAAACUUGUGGAUGUACUGAAUCUUUUAAUACUUAAUUAAAAACAUACAUAUUUAUCAGCAUAAAACGUUUAUUUUAAUUAAUCCUAACUUUUCUCACAGUCCUGACAAUCACAUGGUAUUUAU